CCGCCUCACGACUGGAAACCCCACCAGAAAAUGCAUGAAUGAACAGUCGAAGCGGAUAGUUUUUUUCCUGGAAAACCCAAGUACGGAGCAAUGGCGUCCACAGUGACUCUGGAAGAUGCUCUGUCCAAUGUGGACUUGCUGGAGGAGCUGCCACUUCCAGAUCAGCAGCCCUGCAUCGAGCCUCUGCCCUCCUCACUCAUUUACCAGCCCAACUUCAACACCAACUUUGAGGACCGCAAUGCGUUUGUGACCGGCAUCGCCCGUUACAUCGAACAGGCCACCGUCCACUCCAGCAUGAAUGACAUGUUAGAAGAAGGUCAGCAGUAUGCUGUGAUGCUGUACACGUGGAGGUGCUGUUCGAGAGCUAUUCCUCAGGUGAAGUGUAAUGAACAACCCAACAGAGUGGAGAUCUACGAGAAGACUGUGGAGGUGCUCGAACCCGAAGUCAACAAACUAAUGAACUUCAUGUACUUUCAGAGGACAGCAAUAGAUCGCUUUUGUGGUGAAGUGCGUCGUCUCUGUCAUGCAGAGCGGAGGAAAGACUUUGUGUCUGAAGCUUAUCUGCUCACUCUGGGAAAGUUUAUCAACAUGUUUGCGGUGCUGGAUGAACUUAAGAACAUGAAGUGCAGCGUCAAAAAUGACCACUCCGCCUACAAGAGAGCUGCUCAAUUCCUGAGGAAAAUGUCAGAGCCGUCAUCAAUUCAGGAAUCCCAAAACCUAUCUAUGUUUCUGGCCAACCACAAUAAGAUCACUCAGUCCCUGCAGCAGCAGCUUGAAGUGAUUAACGGAUACGAUGAGCUGUUGGCAGACAUUGUUAACCUGUGUGUGGAUUACUAUGAAAACAAGAUGUACCUCACCCCUAGUGAGAAACACAUGCUACUCAAAGUAAUGGGCUUUGGUCUCUAUCUCAUGGAUGGAAGUAACAGCAACAUCUACAAACUGGAAGCUAAGAAGAGAAUCAACCUCACAAAGAUCGACAAGUUCUUUAAGCAAUUGCAGGUAGUGCCUCUGUUUGGUGACAUGCAGAUUGAAUUGGCUCGCUAUAUCAAAACCAGCGCUCACUACGAGGAAAACAAGUCUAGGUGGUCAUGCACGUCAGCAGGCAGUAGCCCACAGUACAAUGUCUGCGAACAGAUGAUUCAAAUCCGGGAGGAUCACAUGCGCUUCAUUUCUGAAUUGGCUCGAUACAGCAACAGUGAGGUGGUGACUGGCUCUGGGCGUCAGGACGCUCAGAAGACGGACUCUGAGUACAGGAAGUUGUUUGAUCUGGCUCUGCAGGGCCUGCAGCUGCUCUCUCAGUGGAGCGCUCAGAUCAUGGAAGUGUAUUCCUGGAAAUUGGUGCAUCCUACAGACAAAUACUCCAACAAAGAAUGCCCUGACAAUGCUGAAGAGUAUGAGCGUGCUACCAGAUACAACUACACCAGUGAGGAGAAAUUUGCUCUGGUGGAGGUCCUCGCCAUGAUAAAGGGCUUGCAGGUACUGAUGGGCCGAAUGGAAAGUGUGUUUAACCACGCCAUCCGUCACACCAUUUAUUCAGCUCUGCAAGACUUUGCCCAAGUCACGCUCCGUGAACCGCUGCGCCAGGCCAUCAAGAAAAAAAAGAAUGUCGUCCAGAGUGUCCUCCAGGCCAUCCGUAAGACCGUCUGUGAUUGGGAAACAGGCAGAGAGCCACAUAAUGACCCAGCGCUGCGGGGAGAGAAGGACCCUAAAGGGGGAUUUGAUAUCAAAGUCCCUCGUCGCGCUGUUGGACCCUCCAGCACUCAACUGUAUAUGGUCAGAACAAUGCUGGAGUCUCUGGUCGCAGAUAAGAGCGGAUCAAAGAAGACCUUGCGCAGUAGUCUGGAGGGGCCGACCAUUCUGGACAUCGAGAAGUUUCAUCGCGAAUCCUUUUUCUACACUCAUCUGCUCAACUUCAGUGAGACUCUGCAGCAGUGCUGUGAUUUGUCCCAGCUCUGGUUUCGGGAGUUCUUUCUGGAGCUCACUAUGGGCCGCCGCAUCCAGUUCCCCAUUGAGAUGUCCAUGCCCUGGAUCCUUACCGACCACAUCCUGGAGACUAAAGAGGCGUCUAUGAUGGAGUACGUGUUAUAUUCUCUGGAUUUGUACAACGACAGUGCACACUACGCUCUCACUAAGUUUAAAAAGCAGUUCCUUUAUGAUGAGAUUGAAGCGGAGGUGAACCUCUGCUUUGACCAGUUUGUCUACAAACUUGCUGAUCAAAUAUUUGCCUACUACAAGGUUAUUGCCGGAAGUCUUCUUCUGGAUAAAAGACUAAGAGCCGAAUGUAAGAACCAGGGUGCAAACAUCUCAUGGCCUUCCUCCAAUCGUUAUGAGACACUCCUGAAACAGAGACACGUCCAACUCCUUGGACGAUCGAUUGACUUGAACCGCCUGAUCACUCAGCGUGUGUCUUCUGCGCUUUACAAAUCCCUGGAGCUGGCCAUCAGCCGCUUCGAGAGCGAGGACCUCACCUCCAUCAUGGAGUUGGAAGGUUUGUUGGACAUAAACCGAAUGACCCAUAAACUCCUCAGUAAGUAUUUGACACUGGACAGCAUCGACGCCAUGUUCCGAGAGGCAAACCACAACGUUUCCGCACCCUACGGCAGAAUCACUCUUCAUGUCUUCUGGGAGUUGAACUAUGACUUCUUGCCAAACUACUGUUACAAUGGCUCCACGAACAGGUUUGUUCGCACCAUUCUGCCGUUUUCACAGGAGUUUCAGAGAGACAAGCCUCCCAACGCUCAGCCACAGUACCUGUAUGGCUCAAAGGCCUUGAAUUUGGCGUACAGCAGCAUAUACAGCCUCUACCGCAACUUUGUGGGACCUCCACAUAUUAAGGCUAUUUGCAGACUUCUGGGAUACCAGGGAAUCGCUGUGGUGAUGGAGGAGCUGUUAAAAGUUGUCAAAAGCCUGCUUCAAGGCACCAUCCUUCAGUAUGUGAAGACAUUGAUGGAAGUGAUGCCCAAGAUUUGCCGUCUGCCUCGCCAUGAGUAUGGCUCACCAGGUAUCCUGGAGUUCUUCCACCACCAGCUGAAAGACAUUGUGGAGUACGCUGAGCUGAAGACUGUGUGCUUCCAGAACCUGAGGGAGGUUGGAAACGCAUUGCUCUUCUGCCUUCUGACUGAACAGAGCUUGUCCCAAGAGGAGGUGUGCGACUUGUUGCACGCAGCUCCCUUCCAGAACAUCCUACCAAGGGUUCACGUCAAAGAAGGAGAGCGUCUGGAUGCAAAGAUGAAGCGUUUGGAGGCCAAAUACACAGCGCUGCAUCUGGUGCCUCUGAUUGAACGUCUGGGAACCCCUCAGCAAAUCGCCAUCGCCCGUGAGGGAGACCUGCUGACUAAAGAGCGUCUGUGUUGCGGACUCUCCAUAUUUGAGGUUAUUCUGACACGCGUCCGCGCUUACCUGGACGACCCGAUCUGGCGUGGGCCUUUACCCAGCAAUGGAGUGAUGCAUGUAGACGAGUGUGUGGAGUUUCACCGGCUGUGGAGCGCAAUGCAGUUUGUGUACUGCAUCCCUGUGGGCGCACAUGAGUUCACUGUUGAGCAAUGUUUCGGAGACGGUCUGAACUGGGCUGGUUGCAUGAUCAUCACUUUACUCGGUCAGCACAGACGCUUUGACAUCCUGGACUUCAGCUACCAUCUCUUGAAGGUGCAGAAACACGACGGUAAAGAUGAGAUCAUCAAGAGCGUGCCUCUGAAGAAAAUGGUUGACCGAAUUCGCAAAUUCCAGAUUCUGAACGAUGAGAUCUUCGCCAUUUUGAACAAGUACCUGAAGUCUGGAGAUGGAGAGAACAUGCCAGUAGAACACGUGCGGUGCUUUCAGCCUCCCAUCCAUCAGUCUUUGGCCAGUAACUGAGAUUUAUUUGUUCAUUUGCACCAGUUUGAAGUGGAAGAGAUGGGAAAAGAGAGGGAAAUAUUUAGCAACGUGUUUAGGACCAGUUUCACUGUCACAUUCUACUUAAUGAUGCCUUUCUUAUGCCACCCUGUAGUUUCUGCAGAGCCAGUAAGUUGCCUUGUGAUUGGUCGAGUGAUUUGAUUUGCACCAAUUACUGCACCCUACUCAGGCUUUGGUUAAUCAGGCCAAGAUAUGUUUAUGAUGUACACAAACAUGGCUC